CACGCUGACUGAUUACAGCCAGCUUCACGCGGCGCAGACAUUAUGUUUGGUAGGCAGCGAUUCGUGGACAUUGUGAUACAAAGCCUGUGUCCGUAGUGUUUGUUACGAUUCGGUUAGUUAUAUUACCAGGAUCUGUUCCGUGCUCCGCAAGAAGAGACGAUACUUGUUCUGGCAGUAGCUAAUUGUGUCCUCGCGCUUACCGUUGCUAGCUAAGCGUGAAGUGGUUAGCCGUAAAUAGGAGCUAACGUUAACGUCAAUUCGGAUUUGAAAAUCAUCACUGUUCUUGUCUGACGGUGGUUAUGUGAUUAAAGGAGCUCUAAACGCCCGUAUAUGCAGUCCUACAUGGCCUACCAGAGAACCAUGAAAAAGAAAUAGCUGAAGGCGAGCGUCAUAUAGCUGGCUGUAUGAUUUGUAUUUGCUCUGCUCAGUGCCACGGUUCCGUAUAGCUGUCCACGUCUAGUCUCGCUGCUGUGUUUAACGUUGCCAGCUGAGCUAGGCCACGUCCCAGCGGGCGUAUUUCAUCUAACCGACUGACAUUGGACGAGUAGAAGAGAAGAUGCACCGUGUGCGGAAGGAGAGAAAAGACCAGUAGAAAUGUAGAAACGUCUUGAACAUUCAUGAUUUUCUUUGCAGUGUUUGUAUUUCUGAACGGUUGUCGCACAUACGCGGCAUGUCACGUAGACGGAUGUGUUGUACAGCGGGAGGAUACUCUCACUGAGCUCUGGAGGUUGCGGUAAACAACCUGAAAUAACGUUACACUUUUUUUUUUGAAAUGGUUGGGUUUGGUGCAAACCGACGGGGAGGCCGCCUCCCGUCCUUCAUCCUCAUCUUUUUGAUGGUGAUCAUCGCCAUACUGUCUUUCAACUACUGGACAGUGUCCAACAAGCACGGCCGCUUGCUGGAUGAGCUGGCGGAGGCACAGACGCAGGUGAAGCGCACGGACGCAGCGCGGAGCCGGCUGGAGAAGCGGAACUCGGAGCUGAUGGUGCAGGUGGACACGCACAGGAAGCAGAUCGACCAGAAGGAUGGAGACUACAGCGUCCUGGAGGGCAAGCUGCAGGCCCGAGAGGCGCUCAUCAAAAAGUGCACUGAUGAAAAGGUGAAGCUACUAGGUGAUGUCACAGCCCAAAUGACAGAAAUCCAGAGGCUUAAAGAGCAGCUAAAGGAUCUCAAGCAGGAGUUCAUGAAACAGGAAGAGCAGCUGAGAGAAGUAAAGAAAAAUAGCACCACCUUGGAAAGAAAACUGGAGUAUGAGAGUUUACAGUGUGGACGUCAAAUUGCACAACUAAAAGAAGAGUAUGAAGAAACGAAAAAGACCUUGGAGGAAGAAGCAUCGAAGCUAAGACAGAGUAUGAUGGACGGCCAAAAGAAUGUAGUGGCAGGUAGACAUGCAGAGGGAGCGCCUGGUGUGAGGAUGGUUGGAGAGCGCCAUACGGUGGCCACUCAUGGGCACGACAGUCCAGAUUUAAAAGAAGAGAUGGGGAAGCCUGGCAGUGACGCUGGCAUGCCUGGUAUAGAAGACAGUGAGGUGGGAAAAAUCGAUGAUGUGCAAUUUGCCUUGAAGAAACCAGCCAUCACUCAGAAGCAUGAUGAUGUCCCUGAUGGGGUUGUGGGAGCUGGUGCUGGACCCGGAGUCGGGGCAGCGGAUGGCCCUGGGGGCCAGGGCCUGUCUCUGGACCAGCCCAGGCUCCAGCAGGACAGAGUGGAGGGCCGAGCAGCAGUGGUUGCACCCCCGGGCAUCAUCAAACAGGCAGACAGACCGGUAGUGUUUGAAGAAGACAACAAGGCAGGUAUCAAGGCAGACGAACUGGGAGAGCAGCAAAGACAACUUCAAGCUCCUGAUAAUGUCAAGGUUGACAACGAACACGUGAAGGGGAUUCCUCUGCCACCCAACCCAGCCCAGGUGCCCAACCCCAUCCAGCCUCACCACGCCAAAGACCAAGUUGCAGCAGAGCCAGUACACCACCGCCAAAGCCGGUUCUUUGAUGAGAACGAGUCCCCAGUAGAUCCGCAACACGGCUCUAAGCUAGCGGACUACAAUGGGGAUGAUGGGAACGUGGGUGAGUAUGAGGCCGACAAGCAGGCCGAGCUGGCCUACAAUGAGGAAGAGGAUGGUGAUGGUGGGGAGGAAGACGUCCAAGAUGAUGAUGAUCGAGACAUGCAGGGAGACCGGGCUGUGGAUUAUGGGAAGAGACAUCAAGCCAUUGACAUUCUUUGAAAGGGAACUCAGCCUAACUCAUUAAAAAUAAUCAGACCUUCCUCUACAACCAAGUCUUUCUUAACAAAAUAGUUUGAACAUCAAUAUGUUUAAGAAUUUUUAGAGUACAUUCUCCAAUGUCAUGGACUACUUUGGAAAAAAAACUGACAUUGCAACUAAUGAAUUAAUUCUGAAUAACGUAAAAUAAUACAAAGGAAAAAAAUCAUGGCAUUUUCCUGUGCUGCUGUUGAUUUGCUGAUGGGCAUAAGUUAUGGCAGUAGAGAUGUUCCUUGACUGUUGAGUUUUGUUAUUUGAUAACUGCCUCAGUUCAUAAUGAAGUGGUCUAAAGGAGCCCUCUUGACUCACAUCUGAACUUCAAGGUUGAACCAUGUUUUGUUUUUGCUACUUUUCUUUUCAGGUUGGUUGCUUGAUAUAAACAAUCUCUUCACCAGAGAUGUUUAUCAAUGGGACUAAUUCGGCAUUCAGCCUUUCUAACAUAAUUUUGGGACUCUUACAUGGAAGACUUACAUUUUUUUAAUUUACAGGAGGGGAAUGCAUCACAAAUGCCAAGGACUUUGCUUAUGGCCUAUUAAAUCAUUUAAUUUUCUUUGUGACAGACACUCAAAUGUGCUUCUCAUUCUCUUUUUUUAAAUGAUGCCAUUGCAUGCAUUUGAACCUUUUUUUAUUAAUAAUCCAACUGAGCAAAAUACUGAUGCUUAAGCAAUACUUAGUGAUUUUAGGAUCCACAGUUUGCAAAGCUUAACAAAGUACAUAUGGAAGUGACUGACUGUACACAUGCUUCCAUUAAUGAGGUCUCUUGUACAUAAUGUAGAUGAACUGUUACCAUUUGUACUGAGGAAACCUAAUUCCUCAUCUUUAGGGAAAUCCGUGAACAUGAAAUCAGUUCUGUUUGUGCAGCCAGGAAAAUUGAUUUCUCAUGGAAAGGCACAUUGAAUGUAAUUUAAUUUUAUUAAAGGUGAUGCUUCAUGUCA